AUGAACAACCUGAGUAUUGCAGACGCUAAUCCUCGCCUGAUGAGCGUGCGCCCAGUGACUGACUGGAGAGAGCCCUCCAUCGUCAGAAUUGAUGUCACCUUACACGCCACCCUGGACUUGGAUGAGAAGUUACAAAUCCUUACGUCUCUAGUGAAAUUCCAGAUGAGCUGGACAAAUCAGUUCCUCACUUGGGAUCCCCAAAGUUUCUGUGGAAUCUCUAAGAUCUCCAUCCCUGUGGACUCUGUAUGGAAGCCUGACCUCUUUGUCUCUGAAAUGACUGAAGAUCCUCAAUCCCCUACAGUUCCUUUCAUGUCCCUCUCCAGUGAUGGCACCAUCAACCAAUGGAAACCAAUCAGGAUAAUAAGCACUUGCAGCUUGGAUAUCUACAAGUUUCCGUUUGACACCCAGAAGUGCAAUCUGACCUUUGGUCCCUAUGUGCAUACAGUUCAGGACAUAGUGGUGGUGCCAAAGUCCAACUCCUCUGCAGUUACACAAGCUUCCCAAGAGAAUUAUGCGAAAAGCGAAUGGCUCCUUGGGAAAGUGGAUGUUCUGAGCAAUAACGUAUCCACUGAGGAGAAAGAAUGGAGUCAAGUCAUAUAUCAGAUAACCAUACGGAGGGUACCAAUCCUAUAUGUCAUCAAUCUCAUAGUCCCUGCCGGUUUCCUGGUGCUUGUGGAUGUUGCCAGCAUGUUCAUACCGAUGGAAGGAGGCGAGCGGCUGGGGUUUAAAAUAACAGUUGUUCUAGGAUUCUCUGUGCUCUUGCUGAUAUUGAACGAUUUGCUUCCCAAUUCAGAAGACACGCCAAUCUUGGGUGUUUUCUGUGCCGUGUGCCUGGUGAUCAUGGUAAUCAGCAUUGUCGAUUCCAUCUUUAUCUCCUACAUGCUGCAUCUCUCAGCAGUGCGACCAGAUGUGCCCCAGUGGCUGAAGAUCUGGGUACUGAAGCAUUUGGCUUUCAUACUUCGCAUUGACACAGCAGAAGUUAGUGAAAACAAUGCUGCAGGAGUCAGGAACACAAAGAAAGCUACUUCUGUGGUGGGAGAAGCAGCAGACAUACAAACCAGGAGAUGCUUACAAAAAGAACAUGACAGUGCGGAAAUUAAACUGCUGAAGAAGGUGCUCCUGGAGCUCUUAAUGAUCCGUCGUCACAUGAUCAUGAGUAAGAGAGAAGAGGAGGCCAAAUCAGAGUGGAAUAUGGUGGCGUUUGUCCUUGACAGAUUCAUCCUGAUUUGCUACCUUCUAACAGUGUUCAUUAUUUUGAUAACCGUUGUGAUAGUUUGGGCUUUCUAA